CUCUCGGCGGAAGAGACGACAGCGGCGGAAACGCGCACAGGCGCAGCUGCGUCCUCUGGCUCCGGGCCCGGCUAGCUUCGCUCCAGAGAUUGCGCGGGCUCAGGGACUGGGCCCGUGGCCACACCCCCCUUGCGACAAAGACCAAUGGAAGCGGGCGUUGCUGGUCGCUAAGGGAAACCGCCGGCGGCAAGAUGGCGGCGGCUAGCAAGGGCACCCCGAGCUCCCGCGGGCCGCGCCGGGACCCGCCGAGGCGGCCGCCCCGGGACGGGAUAGGAGGCCACUGAAGGGCCACAGCAGGGGAUGGGAGAGUCUGCUCCUCCCCUGUGUGCCUCACUGACACUGCCGUUCUGCCGUCCCCUGGCUCACUCAUCUCCUGCAACAAGGCUCCCAACCUGCCCCUCACCACCUCCCGAGCACCUCUGGUCUCUCAAGGACCUGCACUUGUUUCAAGCCAGCCCUCCUCUCACUGGGCCUGUCAUCUCUGCACCAAGUAGGUCCUCAUCCUUGUCACAUAAACAAAUGAGCAAAUGGAUGGCCCAACAGUCGACAGGAGAGCUCAUGAGCCCCACAGGUCGCCUCUGGUCUGCUGAAGGUUAUGGUGUCUACGUAUACCCAAAUUCCUUCUUUCGAUAUGAAGGAGAAUGGAAAGCAGGGAGGAAACACGGUCACGGGAAGUUGUUAUUUCAAGAUGGCAGUUACUACGAAGGGGCGUUUGUGGAUGGAGAAAUCAUGGGAGAAGGCCGCCGGCACUGGGCCUGGUCAGGAGACACCUUCUCUGGACAGUUUGUUCUGGGAGAGCCUCAAGGCUACGGCGUCAUGGAGUACAAAGCCGGCGGAUGUUACGAAGGGGAGGUCUCCCACGGCAUGCGGGAAGGACACGGGUUUCUGGUGGACCGGGAUGGACAAGUGUACCAGGGCUCCUUCCAUGACAACAAGAGGCACGGCCCUGGGCAGAUGCUCUUUAAGAACGGUGACAAGUACGACGGCGACUGGGUCCGGGACCAGCGUCAGGGACACGGGGUGCUGCGCUGCGUCAACGGCACCACCUACGAGGGACAGUGGCACAGCGACGUCUUCAGUGGACUGGGCAGCAUGGCCCACUGCUCAGGGGUCACCUAUUAUGGGUUGUGGAUCAACGGCCACCCAGCAGAACAAGCUACGAGGAUCGUGAUCUUGGGUCCGGAGGUGAUGGAAGUGGCCCAAGGGUCUCCCUUCUCGGUGAACGUUCAGCUGCUGCAGGACCACGGGGAAAUUGCCAAGAGCGAGAGUGGCCGGGUCCUGCAGAUCUCAGCGGGCGUCAGAUACGUGCAGCUGUCAGCCUACUCCGAGGUCAGCUUUUUCAAAGUGGACAGAGACAACCAAGAGACACUCAUCCAGACUCCAUUUGGGUUCGAAUGCAUCCCUUAUCCUGUGUCCAGCCCUGCAGCUGGGGUGCUGGGCCCCAGAGCUGCUAAGGGAGGUGCAGAAGCCGACGUGCCCCUGCCCAGGGGAGACCUGGAGCUGCAUUUGGGUGCCCUCCAUGGCCAGGAGGACACCCCUGGUGGCCUGCUUGGGAGCUCACUCUUCUAGGAUCAGACGAGUCUCCGUCCAAACAACGGCUGUGAGAGGACCAGCAAGCGUGGGUGUCAUUCAUCAUAUAAAAGAGCAUGCGGGCAUCCCAGGUGGGGCGGCAGGGCCCGGCGCCACUCCACAGGAGGCCAAGGCAGCCAAGCCUCAGGCCAGCAGGCCCACGGGGGGCCCAGCCUGCGCCCCCUCGUCUGCCUUCACCUCAGUUUAUAGAAGCGGUUUUAUACCGCAUAGGUGGAAUAGCUCUCGUAUUUCUGCAUAAAAAUACUUACUGGGCGCCAUGUCUUCUACUUGGAGAGAUUUUCAGAGCCAAAGUCUCGAUUGAAACCAGCCUCGUGCCUGCAUCACACCCUACCCCGCGCGGGCCCCCCGCGCCGGCCCCACUGCCUGGGUCUGGGGCAGAUCCUACCUGGGGGGCCUCCCCCUACUCUCAGCCCGGCUCAGGCUAUUUCUGGCUUGACGAUGAUGUGAGUGUCCAGCCGUAAAUUCUCCAGCACAAAAGAUAUUUCCCUUGGGAAACCUAGAGGAACGUGCUUUUGUUUUUGUAAGACCUUCUGGGGCUUGAACCACAGACAUUUGGAGUUGGGUGCCGAGCUCUGCCUGGGCCUCCUGGGUGCAUCCGAGACCAACCCUGGGAGGCUGGGCUGCUUUCACACUGAUGUGAAGCUAAACCUCUCUGUGCCUCAGUUUCCUCAUCCAUAAAGGGAGGGUAACAGCAGUGUCCACCCCAAGGACAGAUGACUGAGUGCGCAUGCUGGCCUCCAUCCAGGCCUGUGCAGGGGGCGCCCUGGAGGAGAGGAGCGUGGCCUGGGGUCUGGUGCAGUCAAGUCCACACUGAGAAGAGGAGGGGGAAGCCAGGGUCACGGAGGGGCACUCCCGUAGGCUUCUGCUUUCUUUCUGUCACCCAGGCUGGAGUGCAGUGGCGUGAUCUCGGCUCAUCGCAGCCUCCACCUCCCAGGCUCAGGUGAUUCUCCCACCUCAGCCUCCGGAGUAGCUGGAACCACAGGCACGAGCCACCAUGCCCAGCUAAUAUUUUGUAUUUUUUUGUAGAGACAGGGCCUCGCCAUGUUGCCCAGGCUGGUCUCAAACUCCUGAGUUCAAGCAAUCCUCCCGCCUCAGCCUUCCAAAGUGCUGGGAUUACAGGCUGCUUUUACUUUCCUUUUCUUAAAACUGGAUAACCCCUCACGGGAAGGGGCUGGUUGGGCAGGUUUCCCCAGAGCACGGUCGGCGGGGUCCUUGCUUUGUCUGUCUCCUGUCUCAGUGACUGGGCCAAGGACCCAGCAGGACUAACCCUAACACCAUGCCUGACUAAUUUUUGUAUUUUUAGCAGAGAUGGGGUUUUGCCAUGUUGGCCAGGAUGGUCUCGAACUCCUGACCUCACGUGAUCUGCUCGCCUUGGCCCCUCAAAGUGCUGGGAUCACAGGCGUGAGCCACCACGCCUGGCCUCUUUAGUCUUUAUCUUCCCUUCUUUAUGUAAUCCGUAAUCCCAUUUAGGACUGAUUUAUCGGGCUUGCUGCUUCCAAACCAUGAUCCGUGAAUCGUUACCCUUCAUUCCAUGCAGCAGUUGACACAAACUUUUCUUCCCAAUUCUCGUCUCCCAUUGAAAGUCUGCCCCCAACAUGUGGCCUUCACAGCACCCUGGGACAUGGUGGUGACAUGUGGCCUCCCUGCCCCGGGACAGCAGGGUGCUGGGCAGAGGGCCUCACUCAGUACCUGGAGCCCUGCCAGGCCCCCACCACAGCCCUCAGGCCCCUAGGGGAUUGGGGACUCUGGCCAGGAGCCCUGCAGAGGAAACGGAAUCAUUUCUAAGUUUCAGUUCCAGCCAAGACAGCAUUCAUCCCCAAGUAGGAGAAAACUAAAAUAAUCAUGGCUUCAGCAAGAGUAUUCCUGGCCGGGAGGCCCAGAGGCGUCAGCCCCACUGUCAGGAACACAGCUCUGUCUACCUGGACCCACCAGCGUCACCCCGAGGUCUGAGGCAGCUCCCGGAGCCCCUCCCUCAGUCAGCAACCCCUGCUCAGGCCUGAAAGGGCGGGCCAGUUCCAGACAGGCUCAGGCCCAGCUGCACGGAGGCCCUAGAAUCAAGCAAGACCUCACAACCAGCCAGCAGGGACAGGGGGGUCGGCUUUAGCCAUCAUCCUGAAGGAAAACAAACGGGUGGCGUUCUGAGGCUGUCCAGCGUGUCCAGGGAAAAUACACCAGGAAUCAUUUCCUUGUAAGCAUGAACUUCGCAUUCUCAAAAAAACCAAACCAAAGUCCCUUGCUCACACUUGUCCCUGGCCCAGUCACAGCGCUGCCUGCUUGGCUCCCAGAUGGACGUCCUUCCCUCUGGCCGGACCCAUGCAAAGAGGUGGACCCCAUUGAAGCCUCUGGCCUGGCCUGCAGUGCGUCCUGGGACCGUGGGCAGCUGUGCUGAUCCCAGCCUCAAGUUUCCUCCUCUGUACUUACCUGGGAGAGGGCUGGAGGCCAUGGGACACAGGAUGCCCAAUGAGACUCCUGCCCCGUGGCCGCAGAGACGGCACCUGCAGAAACCUGCCUGCCUGGCACCGACUGUGACACACCCUCCAGCCACCAAGCAGGAUCUCCCACCCAGAUGGCCACUCACCUACAGGGCAGAGACAUCAGGCCAGAGAGCUUCAGGCCAGAAGAUAAUCCAACAUGAGGCCUGAAAGAAACUUGGGCCAGAAAAUCUCCAGGGUACCUGCCCGCCGAAGUGCCUUCCAAGGACUCUCCUGAGCCCGUGGCUGAGACAUGCACAUCCAUGGCAGAAGCUCCAGGUCUGGGCAGCCCUCUCCCUGCAGUCACAGACUAUGCACACUGGGAACAUCUACCUGCGACAAAGCCCGGCCACAGCCAGAGAGCAGGCCGGCUCUCGCCAAGCCCCUUAGGCUGCUCCCCGUCGCUGACCCCGUGCUGCGUGGCACAGGCUUCCCCAACGCCCUGCCACAUUUGGCUUCCCCCAAGCAGGCCGUGUGCUUAGGAUGAGACGUGGCUACUUUUAGCAAACAACACUAGAGUGGCUUCAGCCCAGCCACGGUGACUUCUCGCUCACAUAAGAGCUCAAGAGGGAGAGGUGAUCUCCCUCCCCAGCCACUGGGUACCCCAGUUCCUGUUGCCUGUUCUGCCACUGUCAUCUUCGUGCACCACCUCAUGGUCCUGGAUGGCUGCACAGGCUCUAGCCAUCACGCCCCUGUUCCAGCUAGGAGAAAGGGGGAAGCAUAAGUGGCAAGGAGAAGCGCCCUCUCCUUCUUUUUUUUUUAAUUGCUCUAUGCAUUUAUUAUUAGCUAUUGUUAAUGCAGAACCAGAAGACAAAAAGCUCACAAACACUCUACACAAUUUCACAAGACGCAUUGCAGGGGAAAAAGUGACUGAGAUGGAUCAACAGUAUGCUAGGGUCUUGGUGGACGCAUUCCUAGGGGAGGUGGACCUCUAAUUCCUGGUGGAGGUGGUCUCAUUCCUGGAGGGGGCAUGCCUACUGGUAUCCCUCGAGCAGGGGGAAGCCCAAUUGGUGGGCCCGUGGGUGGCCUCAUACCAGGUUCAGAAGCUCCAGGUUUUAACUGUGGACAUUGGAUCUGGGGGAACAGCAGUCAUGGCCGUGGGCAAGAGUAGCAAGAUGCUGCCACACAUGGAACACAGAAUGAGACGGAUCCUACAAGAUGGCUGAGUCUUCACUGGCACCUUUAAGGCUUCUGACAAGCAUGUGAAUUUGAUCCCCUGUGAUUGUGACGAGUUCAGAAAGAUGAAACUAAAGAAUGCGAAGCAACCAGAACGUGAAGAAAAGCGGGUUUAGGGCCCUCCCCUUCUAAAGAAGCUUCCUGGAGGCGCCACACUCACUGCCAUUGCUCCGAGCUUGGUUACACGGCCCGGCCACACCAGGCCACGCAGAGGCAAGAAGCGCAAUGUGCUGGCAAAGACUCCAUUACCGAAGGACAAGGGGAGAAUGGCUGUCUUUGCCAAAUAGCCCGUCACGAACAUGCCCCUGCUGAGCCCCCACAGGUGCACCAACCGACUCGAAAGUCCCGGAGAGGGCUGGCGGGCAAGGACCUAAGUCUCCAGCCAUCCCUGCAGGAGGAGCCCAGGGACCCUCGCAUCUCUGAUAAGGAAGUGGGUGGGGUGCCCUGCCGUGACCCCGAAACAGCCUAUAGUCUCACCCUCCAUUUACACAAGACUAAGUCUGCUGCUUUUGCAGCAAAAGCCCAGUGCUGGGGGUGAGCGUGUGGGGAAUGUGGGAGACGGGCUCUGACCCAGCCACCUUGGGCAGCUGUGCUUACGAAGCACCCCCGCCGGUCCCAGCUGGACUUUGCCUGGCAGGACACCCAACAGGCCUCACCGUGGCCUCUGCCCCGGGGGUCGUGCAUGGGGAGCUGGGCCAGCCCAACCAGUGGGAUGUGCUGCUUCCCUACCCUACUCCACCUGCUGCAAACACAAACUGGAAUGUUCUCAGCCACCUCCAGACUUCACACCCUUUGGGCUUUGGGGCACAGAGAUCGGGCUGCCCUGGGGAGAGGAGGGAGAGAAGGAGGCUUCGAGAGAGCACGGACAUGAGUUAGACCUGAAAUAAAGCAAAGCCGCACCGCCUCACGUUUUAAAGCAAUUGCCAAUGUCUCAGCGUGUUCUGAAGCUCAGGGUGACAGCCAGGGGCCGAUAAACACCUGCCACAGAUGCCCAGCAUGCCCGUGCCACCCCUGAGGUCUCUGGACUGAAGGAAACAGAAGACGCCGGAAGGUACCUCCUGCUGGGUCAAGGCCACUGGGGUCUCCCAGGAGCACCUCCAGCCCUGCCCCCCAUGCCCAGAUUGUGGGGAGCACAGGCUUCGCUCCACUGUCCGUGGAAGAGGCUGGAAAUUCAGCCCAGCCAUCCCCACCCCAGGGACAGGCCUCCCAGGAACUCACACUCGCCCCCCACAAACUGGCGUGGACUUGGGGUCCCAGGCAUCUUUCCUCCCAGACCCGACAGCAGCCAGAAACAAACCCUCCGGAAACCUGCCUUUCACUCGUACAAAUAAAUCGACAAAGAGGGCAAAUCCUUUCUCUUUCUGGAGACCUAAUGUCAGUGAUACAUAAUUGCACAUCACAGUAUUUUAUUAUUUUGUUGAUAUGAAAUAUUUCAGUUGUUUAGUUGUUUUUAACUUUCAAAUAAGGAUUUGCAUUUCGUUGAGAAGAAAAGAUGAUUUCCAAGACAUGGACUAUUGCCAGAUAUUCUAAACCCUAUUUUGGUUAAAUUACAGCACCCAGAUUUUAGUAACAAAGCACAUUGAUUUUAUAUUCAAAGGAUUUUUAUAUUUAGUCUCUUAACCUUUUGUAAUUCCCACCCACAGCUUGCAGCGUGGAACCCUUUUGUGUCCCUUGUUGUCAGUGGGGUGCCUGCCUGGGCCCCGUAAUUUGGGCCACUGAGUUGGAGU